AUGAAAGCUGCUCGAUAUUACGGCAAGCGCGAUAUUAGGAUUGAGACAGUCCCGGAUCCGCCGCUUCCAGGACCCAGCGAGGUGACCAUCGACGUCUACUGGGGUGGCAUCUGUGGUACUGAUCUCCAUGAAUACACAUCCGGCCCUUACACAAUAAACACGCCGGAAAAGCCCCAUGGCAUAACCAAAGACCAUCUGCCCGUCGCUUUCGGUCAUGAAUUUACUGGUCGGAUCACCGCGCUGCCUUCGGGGUAUCCUGCCGACGGGCCCUUCAAGCUGGGUACGCCCAUAAUGGUAGAUCCGCGCAUUCUCUGCCGGAAGUGUACCGCGUGCACAAGUGGGUGUGACAAUAUGUGCAGCAAUUGGGGGUACAUUGGCCUCAACGGUGGCGGCGGCGGUGGCGCGGGCUUCAGCGAGAAGGUCAACGUUGAAACGAGGAUGUGCCAUAUUCUCCCUGAUGACGGAAGUGUAGAUUUGAAUAGUAUCGUUCUCUGUCAGCCACUCACGGUAGGACGGCAUGCACUGUCAUCGAGCGGGAUCAAGGAUUUCGCAGGUCUGAACGUGCUUGUGCUCGGGGGUGGGCCGGUGGGAUUGGCCGUCUUGCUGAAUCUGCGGGCGAAAGGAGUAGGUGCUGGUCUCAGUGGGAGGGUGCUUGUUUCCGAGCCAACCGCCAAACGGAGUGAGAUGAUUCGAAGGCUGGGACUGGCCGGACCUGAAGAUCUCUUGGACCCAUUGUCCUCAAGCGUGGCAGAGAUCUGCAAAGCCAGGACCCAAGGGAGAGGGGUGGAUAUUGUGUUUGACUGUGCUGGUGCCGAAGCGGGCAUGCUAGCAGGCAUGGAAAGCCUGAGGCUGAAGGGAACGUAUCUCAACAUCGCCGGGUGGAAGCAGCCUUUCAAGAUACCGAUGCAAUAUGCUUUCUACCGGGAGCUAACCAUCAAGUUCUCCAUGGGGAACAAUGAUAACGAUUAUCGGGAAGUUGUGGAGGACUUUGUGGCGGGCAAAUUCGCUGGUGCUGAGGCUCUGAUCACGCGAAGGCUCUCGGUCGAGGAGUUGGCGGAGAAGGGCCUAGAAGAGCUGGUGAGGAACAAGGAUGACCAUGUCAAGAUUGUUGCAACGUGGAGAAAGGACCUCUUGAAUCUGUAA